AUGGCCGGACUCGCUAGACACGUUGACACCGAUGAGCUCCUCGAGACUCUGAAGGACCACCCCAUGCACAAGGCUGGAGGCCACAAAGCUUCGAGUCGGGCGACAUCACACAUUACGCCAUACUCGAGUCGCUAUGCCGCUGGUACCGAGCUAUCGAAAUUCAAGAUUCCCCAGGAUGGUGCUCCAGCGGAUGUUGUUCACCAGUUGCUCAAGGAUGAGCUGGAUCUGGAUGGACGCCCAAGCUUGAACUUGGCAUCCUUCGUUGGAACCUACAUGGAGAAGGAAGCCGAGCAGCUCAUGAUCGAGAACUUGUCGAAGAACAUGUCGGAUGCUGACGAGUACCCCGCAAUGAUGGAUAUGCACGCACGAUGUGUUUCUAUCAUUGCUAACAUGUGGGGAGCACAAAAGGGCGAGAAAGCCAUCGGAUCAGCGACUACUGGUUCGAGUGAGGCUAUUCAUCUAGGUGGACUCGCAAUGAAGCGUCGCUGGCAAGAGAAGAGAAGGGCAGAGGGCAAGGAUACUUCGAACCCCAACAUCAUCAUGGGCGCCAACGCACAAGUCGCGCUAGAGAAGUUUGCAAGGUACUUUGAGGUUGAAUCACGUAUCUUGCCUGUAAGCGAGGAAUCGUCUUACCGUUUGGAUCCGAAGCUAGUGAAAGAGAACAUUGACGAGAACACUAUCGGUGUGUUUGUCAUUCUUGGUUCCACAUAUACCGGACAUUACGAGCCUGUCGAAGAGAUCUCCGAUAUCCUGGACGCUUUCGAGAAGGAGACUGGCAACGACAUUCCCAUCCAUGUGGAUGCAGCAUCUGGUGGCUUUAUUGCCCCCUUCACCCACGCAAAGGCUGGCAAGAAGUGGAACUUCGAGCUGCCGCGAGUCAAAUCCAUCAACACCAGUGGACACAAGUUCGGUCUCGUCUAUGCCGGCGUUGGCUGGAUUAUCUGGCGAGACGAAAGCUACCUUCCCAAGCACCUGAUCUUCGAGCUCCACUACUUAGGUGGAACAGAAGAGUCAUACACUCUGAACUUCUCCCGUCCAGGAGCUCAGAUCAUCGCGCAGUACUACAACUUGAUCCAUCUGGGAUUCUCUGGCUACCGCGCCAUUAUGGAAAACAUGUUGGCCAACGCACGGCUACUGAGCAGGGCGCUCGAGCACACGGGCUGGUACCGUUGCGUCAGCGACAUCCACCGCAAGAAGGGCGACUUCAAGUACGAGGCGGGCAAGAAGCAAUUCGACGAAGGCGACACAAGUGCAGACUACAACGCCGGUCUCCCCGUCGUAGCCUUCACGCUCACCGACGAGUUCCACAAAGACUUCCCCCACGUCAAGCAGGAAGCAGUCAGCAACCUGCUCCGCGCCAAGCAAUACAUCAUCCCCAACUACCCCCUCCCGCCCGGCGAAGACAAGACCGAGAUCCUGCGAGUAGUCGUCAGAGAGAGUCUGUCACUUGACAUGAUCGACAGACUCGUUACGGAUAUCUGUGGCGUCACCGAGAUGCUGAUGAAGACGGAUGCGGUGGAUCUUGCAGCGUUCCAGCCUGGCGCCAGCCCGAGUAUCGAGAAGACGCAUGCUAAUAAGGGAUUGAGGAAGGAGCAUAAGCACAAGGCGCAGAGGCCGAGCUCGGAUGGCGUGUAUCGGACGGUUUGUUAG